AUGCUACUCUGCUGCUGUUCAAAGACCACCACAGACCACUGGACCACAGGAACAUCACUGGACCCAGGAACAUCACAGACCACAGGAACAUCACAGACCACAACAUCACAGGGCCACAGAACCACAGACCACUGGAACACCACAGACCACAGGAACAUCACAGAACCCCCACAGAACAUCACAACCACCACAGAACCACAGGAACAUCACAGAACCACAGGAACAUCACAGAACCACAGGAACAUCACAGACCACAGGAACAUCACAGACCACAGGAACAUCACAGGACCACAGGAACAUCACAGACCACAGAACCACAGAACCACAGGAACAUCACAGAACCACAGGAACAUCACAGAACCACAGGACCAUCACAGGACCACAGAACCACAGGAACCACAGGACCACAGAACCACAGGAACAUCACAGAACCACAGGACCAUCACAGAACCACAGGAACAUCACAGAACCACAGGAACAUCACAGAACCACAGGAACAUCACAGGACCACAGAACCACAGGAACCAUCACAGGAUCACAGAACCACAGGAACAUCACAGAACCACAGAACCAUCCACAGAACCACAGGACCAUCACAGAACCACAGGAACAUCACAGAACCACAGGAACAUCACAGAACCACAGAACCAUCACAGAACAUCACAGAACCAUCACAGGACCAUCACAGAACCACAGAACCAUCACAGAACCACAGGACCACAGAACCACAGGACCAUCACAGAACCACAGGAACAUCACAGAACCACAGGAACAUCACAGAACCACAGGAACAUCACAGGAACAUCACAGAACCACAGGAACAUCACAGAACCACAGGAACAUCACAGGACCACAGAACCACAGGAACAUCACAGACCACAGGAACAUCACAGGAACAUCACAGAACCACAGAACAUCACAGGACCAUCACAGAACCACAGGAACAUCACAGAACCACAGGAACAUCACAGAACCACAGGAACAUCACAGAACCACAGGAUACUGGAGGUUAAGAAUGGAAGAGUGUGA